CCCACACUCAGUGUGAACAGGGGUUACUCCUCUGAGGCCAGGAAGGAAGGCUUGGAGAAGGACUUGAACUCGAAGCUGACUCCUCUGAUCCGGUUCUAGACUCCUACCAGUCAUGGAAAGUACACAGAAAAAAACUGUGGUGGUGUUUGGAGCCACAGGUGCCCAAGGAAGUUCAGUUGCCCAUGCCCUCUUGGACGAUGGUACUUUCCAGGUCCGGGCUGUGACCCGCAACCCCAGCCAGCCAGCGGCUCAGGCCCUCCUUAAGCGUGGAGCAGAAGUGGUGAAGGGUGAUCUACACAAUCUGACAACCUUGGAGGAGAUUAUGGCGGGAGCCUACGGGGCCUUCGUGGUCACCACUUUCUCUCAUGAUUUCAACAAGGAGGAAGAAAGCCGUCAAGGCAAGAACACUGCAGAGGCAGCCAAAGGCCAGGGUCUGAAACAUGUCGUCUUCAGUGGAUUGGAUCAUGUGGAGAAACUGACAGGUGGGCGCUUGAAGGUACCAUAUUUUGACAGCAAGGGAGAAGCCGAGGCCCGUUACCAGGAGCUUGGAGUGCCCUUCACAAGUGUCCGGAUGCCUGUCUACUUUGAGAACUUUUUCAACUAUAAUCGUCCACUUAAGGAACCAGGGAAAAAUGCUUACACCCUAGCAAUACCCAUGGGUGAUACUCCACUCCAUGCCAUGUCUGUAUCUGAUCUGGGCAUUAUCGUGCUCAACAUCUUCAAAGCCCCUGUAGUCUAUAUAGGAAAGUUGAUUAAUCUCUCUGUAGAGGCACUGACUGUCCGAAGAUAUGCCCAUAUUCUCUCCCAAUGCCUGGGGAAAGAUAUCCAGGAUGCUAAGAUCUCUGUGGAAGCUUAUGAGCAACUGGCUCCCAAGCCAGUUGCUGACAUGUUCCGCUACCUCCAACUCAAGACAAAUUAUGACCAGACUACCACUCACCAACUGAAUCCCAGAGCCAAGAGCUUCCAGCAAUGGGUGGAAGAGAAUAAGCCAAAAUUUGAGGAUCUCUAAAUCCACCAUCUCUAAAUCCACCAUGAAACAUACACAGAGAUGGAGGACAUUAAAAGGCCAAAGGAAUCACCUGCCCCUCAAACUGCCCACAAUCUGUGCAAAAUAAUAACAAAAAUAAUCUUCCCUGUGGAAAUGCAACUCAGACAAAGAUUGAUAGAGGGAAUUCUUCUAUGUUGGGGUGAGCACAAUGUGACCAGACAUCCUCCUUUUCCAAGACAUGUCCUACAUGUCAACCUUCUGUCCACUUGAAGGACAACGAUGACAACGGAAGUGGAAUGAUGUAGAUGCAUAUCAUUUGAUUGACAGAACAACCAAAAAAGGCUCGAACAUGAUCAAAUGUGAUUGAUAUGGAGGAUCCAUUUUGAAUCGUUACUUUGGUCCAUGUGAACUUCGAGAGGGUUAAUUUGCACCAGAGAGAUUUGAUCGGGGUAAACAUAGUGGAAACUUCAAUUCAGGUCAGAUUUGAUAUUGCAUUUUUGAAUGCAUUAUCGAAUCUCCCCAGAUCUCCCCAGCACAAAAAUGCUAGUGUGAAUGGGCCCCUGGACUUUCAGUAUACAUUAUGAAGAAACCUUGCUUGCUUUCUUCCUUUACUGCAGAUUGUUGAAAUAGUUGUUGUGUUACAGCUGAGGGAAGUUGUGAAAUGGCCUCUUUUCCAUCUUCCUCUGCCACAAUUUGUAGCCUGUAGUAAAAGGACAAAGGAAGAGGAGUUGUGUGCAUAUAUGGUAAACAUUAACAGCAGAUUCUAUGAUGCCAAGUUACUGUAUUUUGGAAUGGGAAAAGGCAAUUGGAGCGAAACCCAGCCCUCUAUCUUCCUAGAUUAACAGUAUUGUUUUACAGCAACAGAUAGUAGUCUCAAAACCUAGAGGAAGUGCCAUAAUGUUAUUUUUAUCCACGGAUUGAAAUAAAUUGAUGGGGGGGGAACAAAACAAAACAGGCUGCAUAGGAAACAACACAUAUUCAUUAUCUCCACCAGGUGGCAGAAGAGACCCAAUCUCUUGCUUCCCUAAAGAAUUUUGAUUGGGGAAGAUUCUCAUUAAAUUAAUUCUAAAUUGA